CCUGUGACGAGCCAGCGAUGUGGAAACCGUCACCCCCAUUUUACAGAUGUAAGGGUUCGGGCUUCAGGCAGCCUCAGUGACUUGACAGGUCUCAGUACGUAAGUGGUGGAGAUGGAUCUGGACCUCACAACAUUUAACAACAACAACAAGAAGAAGCUUCCCCCCCCCAUCUUUGUUGAAUUCCUCAGAUGCAUCUUGAUUUUUGUUACUUCUGUGCUUGAAAACCUUGCGAUAUCUCCAUCACCUUGAGAAUAAAGUUCAUAUUGGACAUUCAGGUUUCCAUAUAACUGGGCCCCUUGCCUACACUUCCAGCUUAUUUCGCCCUGUUUUGUUUUGGCCCUACCACUGUUUUCUGUGGAUAGCCUUCACCUUCCCGUUCACUCUGUUCCCCUUCCCAUGCUUUAGUCCUGCAUUCCAUCCUUCGAGGCCCCUUGCAAGUCUAGGUCAACAGAGCAGGAGCAGACUGGGUCCUCUCCCCUUAGGUGUCUCUUAUCUUCUAGAUGCCUCGUGGUCCUUUGCCCUGAUGUCACCGAAAGCUUUCUGCUCUCCUUCCCCCUUUAUACCCUUCACAUGUGGUCUUUCCUCUCACCAUCACUGGAUUACUCAUUUCUUUGUAAAUGUUUUGUCUCUAACUGGACUGCUAGCAGCUUGAGGUAUGGGCCCAAAUCUGAUUAAUUGUGGUCCCCAGAGUGUCUGGCACUGUAGCACCUACAUACAUACUUACAGUAGUGAGUAGUCCAGGAAUGUGGGAGUCCUGUCAGCCCCCAUCUGGUCUUUGAGUACAUUGAAUAUUUAUUGCCAGGCACUGUGGGAGACUGCAAGAAUCACCCCUAAAGAGAGGUGUUACCCUUUUAGAGUAAAAUUGGGGCAAUUAAAAUGUAAAUAGAUGAGAUGAGUCUUCUCACUCUGUAACCCACUCAGAGUGGCUGAGGAAUUUCUAGGAAUAUCCAAAAUUUAGUAAGACCAGGCAUAGUCUCCAGGAUAUGCCUGGCUAGGACAUAUCUAAAAUAUAGCCAAGUCUGAUAUUCGUGUGUCAGUGAGGCACCGUUCAACUGUAAGGGAACAGUCAGAGAAGUGCUUCCCCCAAAUGUUAGGGACUUGGGGUCAAACAAGUUUGGGGAAACUGCAUACUGUAUACUCCUUUUUGGAGGUCACACUGAAUGUUACCUUAUUAAAGGCUCCCAGAGGUCUUGCAUUGAAGAAAUCAAUUGACUGUUUAACUGACAUUCCAGCAUUUCUCUUAACUAUCUGUCUCUAAAACCCUUUUUGGGAACCCCAUGUGUAUUUUGUAGAAACCAAGAAGCAUGCUUUUGGAAAUGCUGCAACAGAGGAUAGACACGGUCACAGUGUCUUCCUGUCAGGGAGAAGACAUUCUGAGCAUUCUUACCUCCUUGCCAAGUGUUCGUUCUUGCUUUGGGGAGGAGCUGAGUAGGGGAAUGUUUUAAGCAGAACUGCUUCCUUGUUCCUUUUUUGAGCUUAUUUUUAUUAUAAUUUGGCUUCACAUAAAAUAUUCCCAGAGAGGGACCUGACCUUGCCAAAGCAAGCAUUCUCUUUUUCUCCUUGGUGAUUGUGUUUUCCAUUUUGAUCAUAUUUAGGUUUGUUGACCAAAUGAUGUUUCUGGGCCUUUGAAGCUGUGGGCCAGUGAUAAAUUCUCCCUGGUGAGCCUGUUGCUGUCUCCUCCACUUCUUGUCUGUGCUGUUUUUUUUACCUACCCCUUGCUUCUGCUGUUCUUGUAUCUAUCCAUCCCUUUUAUCUCUCGUCAAGUCUGUUUCUUCCAGACACUGCCACAACUGUCUGGCUUUUUGAAUUUAAUCUAAUCUGCCCUCUCUUUGAGCCCUCUGCCCAUUAUGUGCUUCACACUGGUUUAUUAUCUGCUGUCCUAUUCCUCCAAUAUAUGAAACUCUUCAGGCCAUACCUGGGAGAGAUUGAUGACAAGAAGUAAGUUAUUAAACUGUAGAAGGGAGCCACCUUUAAUUAAAAGAUUUUUAGGUUUAACCGCAACUUCUUUUAAAUAUCGAAGUUCUUUUAUUCUGCCUUCUAUAACUUAGAGAGCUGUGUUCUUGGUGCUACAUUGUAGUUUAGCCAAAGACACUAUUUCUUUUAUGGGAAAUCAGAGUGCUCAUCCAAGGGUGAAAUUGUUUUCCCCAUGUAGGGAAAAUAAUGAGGUACCUGCCUGGUGAAAUUCUAUUAUCUGGUGCUGAUGUCAGCCAACAUUUGAGGCAUAGUGUUCUAUCAAUAGCUUAAAGCAUUUUUUUUUUUUUUUUAAGGUUGACUCUCAGGUUUGUUGUCAAAGCUUUUUUUUAAAAAAGGUACAUUAUUUGGUUAGCAGUUGUUUUGCAACUCAUAUUUGACUGAAGCCAUUCAGUGAUCCAAAAGCCCACAAAACAACUUUCUGAAGUUGUGACAGUCAGGGAAACCAAGGCUCCAAGAAGGUUAUAGCUAGUAAGUGGCAGAGCUGGUACUUGAACCCUAAAGUUUGAUUUGUUGAUAUAUAUUUAAUCUGUAAUUUUUCCUUCUCCCAGGUCAAAAAGUAAAAUGAAGUACAUUCUGGUUACUGGUGGUGUUAUAUCAGGAAUUGGAAAAGGAAUCAUUGCCAGCAGUGUGGGCACAAUCCUGAAGUCAUGUGGUUUACAUGUAACUUCAAUUAAAAUUGACCCGUAUAUUAACAUUGAUGCAGGAACAUUCUCUCCUUAUGAGCAUGGUGAGGUUUUUGUGCUGGAUGAUGGUGGAGAAGUUGACCUUGACCUGGGUAACUAUGAGCGUUUCCUUGACAUCCGCCUCACCAAGGACAAUAAUCUGACCACUGGAAAGAUAUACCAGUAUGUCAUUAACAAGGAACGCAAAGGUGACUACUUGGGGAAAACCGUCCAAGUUGUCCCUCAUAUCACAGAUGCAAUCCAGGAGUGGGUAAUGAGACAGGCAUUAAUACCUGUGGAUGAAGACGGCCUAGAACCUCAAGUGUGUGUUAUUGAGCUCGGUGGAACAGUGGGAGAUAUAGAAAGCAUGCCCUUUAUUGAGGCCUUCCGCCAGUUCCAAUUCAAGGUCAAAAGAGAGAACUUUUGUAAUAUUCACGUCAGUCUAGUUCCUCAGCCAAGUUCAACAGGAGAACAGAAGACUAAACCCACCCAGAAUAGUGUUCGGGAACUCAGAGGCCUUGGGCUUUCCCCAGAUCUGGUUGUGUGCAGGUGCUCAAAUCCUCUUGACACAUCAGUGAAGGAGAAAAUAUCCAUGUUCUGCCAUGUUGAGCCUGAACAAGUGAUCUGUGUCCACGAUGUCUCAUCCAUCUACCGAGUCCCCUUGUUAUUAGAGGAGCAGGGAGUUGUAGAUUAUUUUCUUCGAAGACUUGACCUUCCCAUUGAGAGGCAGCCACGAAGAAUGCUGAUGAAGUGGAAAGAGAUGGCGGACAGAUAUGAUCGCUUGCUGGAGACCUGCUCUAUUGCCCUUGUGGGCAAGUACACCAAGUUCUCAGACUCAUACGCCUCUGUCAUUAAGGCCCUGGAGCAUUCCGCGCUGGCCAUCAACCACAAGUUGGAAAUCAAGUACAUUGAUUCCACAGACUUGGAGCCAAGCACCUUGCAGGAGGAGCCCGUGCGCUACCACGAAGCCUGGCAGAAGCUCUGCAGCGCUCAUGGAGUGCUGGUUCCGGGGGGAUUUGGUGUUCGAGGGACGGAAGGAAAAAUCCAAGCUAUCUCCUGGGCUCGAAAACAGAAGAAGCCUUUUUUGGGCGUGUGCCUAGGUAUGCAGUUGGCAGUGGUUGAAUUUUCAAGAAAUGUGCUGGGAUGGCAAGAUGCCAAUUCUACAGAGUUUAACCCCAAUACCAGUCAUCCUGUGGUCAUAGACAUGCCAGAGCACAAUCCUGGGCAGAUGGGCGGAACCAUGCGGCUGGGCAAGAGGAGAACCCUGUUCCAGACCAAGAAUUCCGUCAUGAGGAAACUCUACGGAGAUCCAGAUUACUUGGAAGAGAGGCACCGCCACAGAUUUGAGGUGAAUCCAGUCUUGAAAAAGUGUCUGGAGGAGCAGGGCUUGAAGUUUGUUGGCCAGGAUGUUGGAGGAGAGAGAAUGGAAAUUGUGGAGUUGGAAGAUCACCCCUUUUUUGUCGGCGUUCAGUACCACCCUGAGUUCCUGUCCAGACCUAUCAAGCCAUCCCCACCGUACUUUGGGCUCCUCCUCGCCUCUGUGGGGAGGCUCCCGCAUUACCUCCAGAAAGGCUGCAGGCUCUCGCCCAGGGACACCUACAGUGACAGAAGCGGAAGCAGCUCCCCUGACUCCGAGAUCACUGAAUUGAAGUUUCCAUCAAUAAAUCAUGACUGAUGGUAAUCAGGGUGAUUCUUCAAGACAGCCUUCAGACUUUGGAAGUUUACGGCUUUGAUUUUACACUCGGCUUUUGACACUUCCUUUAAAUUAUGUUUUUAUUAAGGAUAUUUUAUUAUGGGGGAAAGGCAUUUGGAAGACUCUGUGACUUGCAUGUCCCAUCAUGUGCAUAGACUCCUACACGGCGUGCUGCUUGGUGUUGGCACUCACCUUUUCAGUCCCCCAGCCUCAGAUGGAGCAGGAAGUCUGGACAGGAGCGGUGACCGACGGGGCUGCUGCAGUGUCCAGCAGGCACCUCAUUUCUGCACCUACGUCGAGUCAUUGUGGAUUCGAGUGUGUGGCUCUCACUUCCCCAAGGAGGCCUAGACCGCUCUCAAGAGCAUGCCGCACGCACGUACGGAGGGUAAUUUUAGCUAAUGCUUACAACGCUUGGUGCUGGUGACCUGAGGGCUUGCUGCCAAGAACAGUGAAACCAGAAACGAGGCCUCGGCACUGCCCUGCGCUGCGGGGACUCAGUGCCAACUGUGGCUGGUACUCACUGUCCAGGGGGACGGUCAGUUUGGUGUCAUAUGAAUGGCAGGAAGUCUGUGUCUCUCUGAAGCACGAUUUGAGAUCCCCGUCCUCUGGCUGGGCUUCUCUCCUGGGGCUGGGAAGUGCUCCUUGUAUCAAGGGGUCACUCAAAAAAGAACAGCCUCUUGGGGAAGCUGCCUCUAAAACCCUCUCACAUCCAGACAGCUUUGCUUGAGGGACUUCCUCCCGGACGGCGUACGCAGGUGAAAGGCAAGAUGGAAAUCUAUUUUCUUUACGUGACGUAACAAUAGGCACAGCUGUGUGCCCCUUAUAUUCUGGCUGGACUCGAUGUAAACUCUAACUUAAGAAAUAAAUAAUGCAGAACGAGACA